AAAAUAUUAAAAACGUACAAUAAUCAAAGGCUCCAUAGCAACGACAGAGAACUAUAAAUUCGUCCAAAUCGCUUAGCGUACACAUAGCCACGUAGACGCCUCUUGUACACUACUAUAAUUCAUACGAGUUAUAUGUUCGAGAGAUUUUAAGAAGUUUCCUCGAUCAUUCCUGUUUUUCAUGACCCGAUCAAAUACGAAAAAAAAGUUAAAAAUUUAAAAAGUACAAUCAUGGCUACUAUUUCUAUUGAACUUAUAAGGAAACGAUCUGAACAUAAUGAAGGUGAAAUUGGUACUUUAGAAGAAAUAUCUUUGCACCAGGAAGAUAUUACUAAAAUAGAGAAUUUACAAAAUUGGUGCAAAAAUUUAAAAAUAUUAUUUUUACAGUCAAAUUUGAUAUUCAAAAUAGAAAACUUGAACAAAUUAAAACAGUUGGAAUAUUUGAAUUUGGCAUUAAAUUGCAUUGAAAAAAUAGAAAAUUUGGACCGUUGUGAAUCUUUGAACAAAUUAGAUUUAACCAUGAAUUUUAUUGGAGAACUCACAAGUAUCGAAUCGUUGAAACACAAUAUACAUUUAACAACGUUAUUUCUUACUGGGAAUCCUUGUACUGAUUAUGAUGGAUAUCGUGAAUUUGUUAUUGGUACUUUACCUCAGAUUAAUGUACUUGACGGAGUAGAAGUGACUCAUCGUGAUAAAUUAGUUGCCAAACAACAGUUGUCCACUGUCAAACGUAAAAUUAUCGUUCAACAAAAUGCAUACGAAAAAUCGAAAAGGGAAAAAAAAAAUUCUUCGAAAUCUUUAAAAAUUACAGAAAACAUUUUGGAAACUGAUGAACCUUAUGAUGAUAAAUCAGAUGAAGAUUUUUGGAAUCAGCCUAGUGAAAAUACUCCGGAGUGUCGUGUGGAAAUGGCGAUGCACAGUAGACGUGCUCAACGCAAACAAGAUGAAGCGAAAAAAACGCCAAAAAAAGAAACGUGGACGCCCAAACUGUUUACCGACACCGGUCGUCCGUAUAACUUGAACCAAGCAAAAGUGCCAUACAAACUGGACGAUGAACAGAACAGAUAUAUACUGACCGUUGAGGUCUAUAAAUUCAUGGACACCGAAGAGUUAGACGUAGAUGUACAACCCACGUACGUGCGAGUCACUAUGCGGAAAAAGAUACUGCAAUUAGUGCUGGACGAAGAAGUUAAAGUGGACGAAUCCAGUGCGAAACGGUUGAUCGGUUCAAAACGAUUGGAAAUAACCAUGCCUAAAGUAAAACAAAUUAUCAGUCCUGUUAAAAAACAACGCGUGAAGGAUCAAGAUGUUCGCGAAGAAAGUGGGUCCAAAUUGACGGACGAAGUACUGGACCAAAAAAGGCAAGUGGAGUUUUGGAACAUAACUAAUGAACCGACAAAUAGAAACGUAGUUAAAAAUUUCAUAGACAAUCCUGAAGUUCCGCCUUUGGAGUAAACUUAUUACAGAGUACACCUGUUUGUUUACAAUUUCAUUAAUAAUUUUUCACGGUAAUGCUUAAACUUUAAGAACAAUAAAUAAUGAAAACUUAGGCAUGUCCAUCAUUUUCCAAUUGAUUGUUUAUAAUCAAAAUACGUAUACCAUCGUGUAUUACUCAUAUGUACAUUUUAACCGAUGCGUUGUUGUUAUAAAUUUUUCAUUUCUACUUGAUAUAACACAAUCGUGUUCGCGUUUAUGUUGGAUGAAUGUUAUGAUCACAGACAUGCAAAAAAUUAUUUUCAAGAAUACAAAAAUAUACUAUAGUCACAGUAACACUUCACCAAAAUCAGGACAUAAACAACAUGUUAUAAACACAUGGUUGGAAGACAUAUAACACGAAUAUUUGUGCAUAUCAUUCUGUUUUUUUCCCUUCCGGAAAGUGUAAAAACAAAAGAGAGUAGGUCAGCCUAAAUUUUGUGGGCCAUAGAGAAUUAAUUUGUUUUUGUACACAUUUCAACAGUUUUACUUAUAUUAAUAAUACUUUAAUGUUGAGCUUUAUUCCUCAAAUAAAAC